GGCAGUUGAGAGAGGCCUGGGGGUAAUUGUGGGGGCGGGGAGGAGCGGGUUGAUGGGAGUGCAGCUGCUGGGGUGACAGAAAGGAGCAGCGAGCGAGGAGGUUGCUUUGGGUGCAUCUGAAGGUGGCACCUACAGCAAACCCCUCUGGCCAAAACCUGCCAGCUCUGUUUCGGUCACAGACCCAUCUGGAUUUCAUGCCCUCAAAGCUGCUUUGGACCCAUGGAUAAAAGGGGUUGAAAAAUAGGCAGCAGCUGGGGCUGGCAGAGGCUCCAUCUCCCCAACCCUGGGUGCAUUUAGUGCGGUGCUGGGAUGAGAGUUAAAGAGUGACUUGCUCGAUUUGCUGCUGGGUCCCCUGGCUUUCCUGCCUGGGAGAGACCUCGCAGGCGGCGGUGCAUGGAGCAGCACGGAUCCUGGCUCGGCCCAUUUCUGGAUGCCUCCCAGGUCUUUGAGUCCAGGCAUUAGUAUGCUGCACAGAAAAGCUCCCCAAACUGAGAGCAGACAAAAGCCAUUGGCCAAAGAGUGGCAUUUCAAUACAGCAGCAGCAGAACGAGCUUGCCGCAGGGAUGGGCCGGCCUGUGCUGAAGGGGAACAGGUUGUCCCUCCCGACUGUUUGAGAUGAGGUGGGAAGCCUGCUCUGGCCUCUUCAGUUCGUAGCAAGGUGUUUGCAGCCAGUGUCCAAGCACUCAAAGGAGAGUUUAGCAGUACUGGGGUUAUCCCGAGACAGGCGUCCUUUCCUCCCAGGAAAUGCAGCAAGUUUGGGUUGGGGUUUCCAAAGAAAAAGCCCUGCAUUUGCCCUCUGAGGUCCCCUUCAUGCUUUGCCAUCACACUCUUCCCGGUAGGUAAGAAAGGUCUGGAGAAACUGAGGCACAGAAAGGUGAAAUGACUUGUCUGGGGCCACACAGCAGGGCUGCAACAGAGCCAGGAGCAGGAACCCAGGAGUCCUGCUCCCUGACGUGCUUGUAAACACAAGGCAGGAUUAUGUUUCCUUCUGUUCUCAGCAAGGGGUGGGAGGUCUCUAAAAUACCAUUAUAAACACCAGCCUAAUUUCUGUGCAGCUGUAAAGUAUGCCUUUUGGCUUCCCAGCCCCCAAAGAUUUUGGGGAAAGACAGCUGAGAGCAUAUGAAUGUAGACUUUCCGUGUCCUACUCUGGGAUCUGAAGGGCCUGGGCAGGAUCAUUUGGCAAUUAUUUUUGCCUUUUUUGGGAGAAGUGUAGAAGUUGGAAAGGGGAUGUCUGGCUGGGGAGAUGUUUGGUGGGAUGAUUACAUUGAGUAAGGCCCUCUAAGUGCUAGGUACAAUCUUAAUCCUGGAAAAGCUCCCCUUGUGUUAAACUACAGGUGAAAUCCUGGCUGUGUUAAAAUCGGGGCAUAGCUGGUGAUGUGUUCCUUCUCUUCCCUCCUCCCCCAGUGUGCUUCCUUUGCCUGUGGGCCAUGGGAUUAAAACAGCACUGCCUGCUAGAUUUUGGUCCUGAAUGGAGGUGCUUAUUAAUGAGAGAUAAAGGAAGUAGCAGUCACUUCUGCCAAAUAGCUUGUGGUUUCUUUGUAAAAACAAAACAUUAGAGAACUUAAACUGGUGGACAGGCCUCCUGGGGUGUGUGCGCUUUUUAAUGCUGUGGACAGAUCUGGUUUGCUUGCAUAAAUGUGUUCCCUUCUGGGUGGGGGCACGCACACGCGUGCCUGUCAAGCCUAACAUGGCAUGUGCUAUAGCAGGGGUGGCCAGUCUGUGGCAUGGGCAGUCUUUGUGUGUGGUCUGCAGCAAACUGGGGAGAGAUCAGAGAGCAUGGUGGCAGAUAGGGCAGGAACCAGAAAGCAGAGCAGCAGAUCAGGCAGGGAGCACAAGGAGGGAAGCAGAGCAGCAGAUCAGGCAGGGAGUACAGGACUGAGAGUAGAAUCCAGAGCCACAGAUGGGGCAGAGGAAGGGGGAUUGGAGUGGCACUUGGUGGGGUGUGGGGUUCACCUGUGACGGAGUUCCACGGGUCUAACAGCAUUGGGUAGAGCUGUGGAUUUCUUUUUGUGGAGCAUUAAAUUGGAGGUACCCCCAGCAAAACCCCACUGGGGUCAGGGGCUUAUCACAUAUUCCUUUUCCCAUACAGCUGUCUGUAGCCAUGACCUGAGGAAGGGCACCUCGCACCUGAAACCUGGUCUAGAAUCUCUCCCAGCUAUGCAGCUGGUCCAAUAAAAGAGGCUGCCCUGUGACAGGCAUCUGUAUAGUGGUCAAACUGUCCCCACAUCAAUGAGGUGGACACUGAACUUUCCUGGCACAGAUUUCAUGGUCUAGUUUUUGCUGUAUUAUUUACUCUGUUUGGCUAUGAGAGUAACUGACAUUGAGGCAAGGUUUUAUAUUUGCACUGGGUAAAAGAGAGGUGUUGGGGCUUCCCCUUUAGACUCUUAUUUUGUAGAUACCAUCUGCUCUUUGGUCUCGUUGCCCAUUGCCAGAAGUUGUGACCAGCUCCUAACGCUGUGCUGAUGCUGGAUAAAUAUUUUGUUGGCUAAUAGCAAGCAAAUACUUUUCUUCCCUAGCAGAAAAGCCCUUUUUUUGCCAGUACUUCCUCAUCUCAAAAUCCUCUCUGGUGAGUUCCAAAGGGAGAAGCAAUUAUAUAAGUUGCCUUCUCCAUGGGAACUCACCCAUAGAGUCCAAAUUACCUGAGCUGCACUGUUGGAGCGCAAGAUCUGGACUCUUACGCUUUGGCACUGGCUUGAAAGAAUGCAUAAAUUAGGGCUCAUCUCUGCUUGAAAGGAAGUUUGGUUUAAGCACAGGUGUGAAUUUGAAGUGUGGCAGCUGCUUCCGAAGAACUCUGCAUGUUGACACUUACCAGAGAGUCCACAGGUGGAGGUACUUGGGGAUUAGCUAGUUGGUCUUGAAUGGCCCUGUGUGUAUUCAAGACUUUAUGGUUACACAGAUUUAAGGCACCUUUAUACAGCUAGAACUGUGCAAAAGAAGCUUUUAUGUAACUGCAAAUCAUAAAAACUUGGCCUUCUCCAGUAUUUCAGUAUUAACACAGCCUUUGUUAGGCUUCUUGGGUGGAUACUUCAGGGAUCAUAGAGCAUUUGUUAGUACAGGACUUGCAUAUGUGCUUAUGCCUUCCAGAGCUACUAAUGGAGCAUCCUCAGCUGUGGGCAGUGUCCUAUGCCUUUAGACCAACACAGCUACAACCUGCACCCUUGCAAGUUCUUGCACUUCAUUGUUGCAUGACCUCAGUUUUGGAGACUGCAGAUACCCAGGCAUGGAGGGAACCCUUAAAACCAGCAAUACCCUAUCAUGGAAGGGGGCUGUAACUGCAGCACCCCGGGAGCUGCAGCAUCUCAUGAAUUCCUGUCAAGCUACUGCUGCCAUCUGCAGGUUGCCCCUUCCCAUCCUUCAGUGCAGGUUUGAAGCAGAGUUGCAUUUUAAUUGUAUGCAAAUCUGUUGCUGCUGAUAGGAGGAAACAAACUGAAGGAUCUGGCUUGGCUAAAGAAACUAGAGCUGGAGAGAGCAAAGGUGUCUUAGGGAGAGAGCGGGUGCCCUGCUGUCCGACUGGGACAGAUUCCAAAGCUGCUCUCGGAUCUGCUGCAUGGGGCAUGAGCUCCCCUGGGAUCAUGGCCUGCCUGGGUCUGUUAGGGUCAUGGAACACCUGCAGCAGAGGGGAAUUUGCUGCAGACACUUUAUCUCCUACUUUCCUGGCACCUGCCCAGAAACUGGAGUCUUAGAGCCAGUGUCUACGGGAAAAGGGCCUGAAUCCGUACCUGUCUGUGUUCCCCAAGUUCUGCCUGGGCAGUGACUUUACCGCUCCCAGCAGAGGGAACUGAGACAGUGGAGUUCCCAGGGACCUGCUCUGGUCCUGUCUUCUCUUUGCCCUGGUUAGGUUCAGCAAAGAGUCUCUUUGCUUUGCCUGUGGACCCAUUGAAGGUUGUAGCCAACCUCUCCAAAGAGCUCAGCCUGCUCCAGAUGGCAGGACUGCAGUUGUGGCAUGGUGUGGCAAUCAGGGCAGCAGUAAUAAGAGGAUGGGUUGUCAGGUGAGGGGAUCUGGGCUAGAUAGGCAGUGCCAGCUGUCUCAUCCUGCUGCAAGAGAUCCCGAUGGCCUGUGAAGUGUCUUCCCAGCUCUGAGCCUGGUGACCUGCCCCCUGCAUGCUGCCAAGGCAGAUGGGUUGCCAGCUGCUGCAGGGUGCUAGUGGCAGGGAGGACUAGCUAGUAACCCAAGGGCUGAUGAUCUUUGCUCACCUAAGCUGUAAAGUACAGCCAGCCACUUUUUCCAGGCUGGGAGCUCCUUGAUCUGGGGAUCUCCAUUAACACUUUCUUCCCAGACAUACCUUCCAGGCCCACCUGAAUCUCUGCUCUUGUUUCCUCCUUGUCUUCCUCCUUCCAGCCCCCUCUCUUCACUUCUCCAUGAACUUGUGUUUCCAGGCUCUGUGGGCAGGGGAAGGUGGGAGGGGCAAGGAAAGCAGACAGGUGUGACUUGUGCAGGGAGUGUGGGGACGUGCUCGGAAACCGCAUGUCUUGCCCUUUGCUUUGCAGACACCCUGGGACCUGGAGGGCAGGAUCUUGGAGGCCAGCAGCAGCCGGGAGCUCAGAAUGACCAGGAGGAAGCGGCAUUGGUUGCCCAUCGGUUCUCCUCCUCUGCAAGUUCGCUAGAAGGGAGCCAUGCAGGACAAACGAAACAUCCAGAUCAUCGAAUGGGAACAUCUGGACAAGAAGAAGUUCUAUGUGUUCGGCAUCUGCAUGACCAUGAUGAUCCGGGUGAGCGUUUACCCCUUCACGCUCAUCCGCACGCGCCUGCAGGUCCAGAAGGGCAAGAGCCUCUACAAUGGCACUUUCGACGCCUUCGUCAAGAUUUUGCGGACGGAGGGGGCAUCUGGGCUGUACCGUGGCUUCCUGGUCAACACCUUCACUCUCAUUUCGGGCCAGUGCUAUGUGACCACCUACGAGCUCACCCGCAAGUACGUGGCAUGCUACAGCAAUAGCAACACGGUCAAGUCACUGGUGGCCGGUGGCUCGGCCUCACUGGUGGCUCAGAGCAUCACAGUGCCCAUCGAUAUAGUCUCUCAGCACCUCAUGAUGCAGCGUAAAGGCGAGACGAUGGGCAGAUUCCGUAUCCAGAACUCAGACUGUAAGCGGGCCCUUGUCUUUGGCCAGACCAAGGAGGUCAUUGUGCAGAUCUUCAAGGCCGACGGGUUGAGGGGCUUCUACAGGGGCUAUGUGGCCUCUCUGCUCACCUAUAUUCCCAACAGCGCUGUGUGGUGGCCCUUCUAUCACUUCUAUGCAGCUCUCACGCCUGACGCCAAAGGACUGUCCACACCUCCUCCUCCAAGCCAUUUCGGGCCCGCUUGCUGCUGCCACGGCCUCCACACUCACCAACCCAAUGGAUGUCAUCCGGGCUCGUGUACAGGUGGAAGGCAAGAACUCCAUCAUCCUCACGUUCAAGCAGCUCAUGGCAGAGGAAGGCCCCUGGGGCCUAACAAAAGGCCUCUCCGCCCGCAUCAUCUCAGCUACCCCUUCCACCAUCGUCAUUGUGGUAGGCUACGAAACGCUGAAGAAGCUGAGUCUCCGCCCAGAGUUCAUGGACUCAAGACACUGGUAGCAAACAGUGAGGGAGAAACCUUACAAACCCCAUGUCUUUUGGGCCAUUAUCACGGUUGAAAGCUCAUCGGAGGCGCAGCCAGGUCUUGAUUGCAGGCUUGUCCAGGCUUCACGCCAGAAGAUGGAAGCAUCUGUCUCUUCAGAUUCGGCCGCCAAUCCAACCUGCUGCUGUGAGUUCUGGCUCCAAAAUGCAGCAUCUUUGGCCUGUGAUGAUUCAUUCCCAAGCACCCAAGUGUGCGAGUAAGCCUGACCCAUUUCUGAGCCCCUAUUUUUAAAUUAAAGAGACUAGGGUUUCACACAGUGACAAAGUUUUAGUCUUUACGUGGAUUUUAAUCUUUGCCAAACGUCUCAGCAGGGCGAAUCCCAGCAAACUCUACCGGGGCCCCCAUUGGAAAGUGUGCCAAUAGCACUGGUUUUGAUAGAGGGGAAUUGGAAAAAUCUGUAAUCUAUUAGUUUGUUUCUAUAAAAAAUGAGCAAAACUUUUUCCAGACACCCACAUUUUUCCUGUAGCAGAUGGGGGAGAAGUGUAGCAGAAGCCUGGCACGGUCUCAGAAGCCGUGCCGACCACUUUCUGAAUAGAUCUGUACAUAAUUUUCUCUUUUUUUGUAUAUUCUUGGAAUCAGUUUCACUUCCUCGCUCUUCUUCCAAAUGUCUGACUAGUAGCUGUUGAUGCGCGCUAGAGUUAAGUAUCAUUUGAGUUGGCUUUUCAUUAUAGCCCAUGGCAAUUAUGACACCUACUGCAGAUUUUAAUCAGCUAUAUAUAUAUUUCUUUUAUUUCUGAGUGGGAAGUCUUGUUUAUUGAAGGGACUGCCAGGUUUUUCUGUGGCCUUGUAAAUUGUGAGUGUAAAUAUUCUACGUCCUGUGGAAACGGCUGCUGUUGUCAUCGUCUCCCUGCCCCUGCCCCCCUUGCAGCAUCUUCAGGGACAAACCAAUCCAGAAUCUGGUGGGAACGUCUGAGCAUGGCUGGGACUGGAUUGAGCUGAAGCAAAAUGGGAGGAAGAUGUGUGCUGCUGCCCCACCCCGUGCAGGCUGGAUAGACGUGCAUGUUUUGGCUCCUUGAGACUAAAUAGAUCUGUGCAGGUGAUCAAAGGGAUGGAGAAUUUCCUCUUGCUGUGAGGAGACUUCUUUCAAGCUGGGACUCCUCCCCUCCCUCUUGAUCCAGCUGGAAAGCAGAGUCCCACCUUGGAUUCUGCUGCAUUGAUCACAUUACUCCAGGUUCGUGCCUCAUGACAGGGUGGAAGCCAAGCCAGAAGCGUUGCUGACCCCAGCUUGUCAUAAGAACCAGGGCUGGGUAAGAUCAAGUCUGUUGCUUCUAAGCAGUUGCUUCCACGUGGCUGGUGUAUCUAUUUAGGGCUGGUACCUGGCUACCUGUUGUAGGUCUCACUCUCUUAAUGGAGUAUUCAGUCUUGACUUCUGCUGAUGGGCUCUCCUCUCACUCGAGCUCUGCUGGUCUUUAUAGCCCCCAUGGUGUGGGCUUCUCACAGGCCCCAAACCUCUGCUAUUUGACACCUGCUGCAAUGAAGAGAGUACAGUCAACUCUGGGGUGCAACACAAAUCACCUUCCCCACAAAACAUGAGUAAAUCACUGAAUCUCCAUGCUCCAGGUCACCUGGGGGGUGAUCUGAAGAUGAAACCAUCACUGCAAAGGUGCUAAGACAUCGUGCACUUGGUUUUCAAACUAAGACUGAGCAGGAAGAGAUGCUACAGGUAAAAAAUGUGCCUGGAGGCAACUAGCUGGUACAGUCCAACAUCUUGUCUUGCCUCUAUCCUCUUGUGGGAUCUGUGCAGGAAUACAAAGUCUAGAACUCCCUUCUUCAGCAUACUCCCAUCCUUGAUCUGGUGUACGGUCCCUUAAAAGGAUGGACAAAGGGGGUUUCCACACAAACUUUUGGGGUGAGGGGGCAUGGUUGAAAUGGUGAACCUGGAAAAAGAAAGAGAUUCAGACUUCUUGGGCUUCUCAUCUGCUCCAGGACUUGUGACGGUAUCAGGGGGAAAAGGAGCUUCUGUGUGUGUAUACUUGCAAACAUGGUAUGAAGUACGCCUAACGGUUAUAUAGAUUAAUAUUGUUUGUUAUGUUUUGUCAGCCUCAGCACUUUGAUAAGUGCAAAAAGAAAUGACAUCCCAAAAGAAACAAACCAUCCUUCAUUGGAAAACUGGUUUUCCUAACUCAGGCAGGUAACUUGCGGUUUCUAAUGGGUAACUCUUGAAAUCUCAGGAGCUGUGUCGCUCUUGGUAACUCUCCUUGUUCUAAUAAUUGAACGGUGCGCUGCAGAACUGGUCUAACCGAACAUUGUGUGUUGCGGCUGCUAGAAAUUUUAUCCUAAAGGGACUGAAAAGCACGAGCCAACUGGCCAGAAAUCUCCCUUCAGAGGCCCCCAUAGUAGCUGUUACUGAAAUCAAGGAGAGAUGGAAUUUAGCUGUAAGGAACUACAUUUCACACCCUACCAUUUCUCGAUAGAAUAGCUGAUGAGCCGUUUCCAGCUGGGCCAGAGAAGCUGGUAACACACUACAAAGGACUGGGCUCUUCAAAUGAGAGAUUUCACACCUGAGCCACUGGGACAAACCUGCUGAAAGCAUCGCGUGCUUCACAGGAGCCCUUCUCAGUUUGAUUUUUUUUUUUUUUUUUUUUUUGUUUUUUCCUCCUUGCUAAAAGAUUUGUGUUUGAAACCUGCUUUGCUUCAGAAGAGCUGAUUCUGCAAUGACGGUGCUAAUCCUGUCUUUGGAUGCUGCACACGGUUCAACUGUGGGAGAGUCUCAAGCCUUGAUCUGCAAGAGGAGAUGGGGUACUGGGAUCUGGGGACACAUACCUGCCAGGAGGAAGGAUAAGAAGCUGCUUCAUUUUUAAGGGACACUGUCACAUUUGGGUUAAUGAGAUGAGAGCACCCACAGUCCUUUAGAUAAUUAAAACCCAAAACUCUAAAGGGAUGCAUUUUGUUUGGAACUGCAUCAGUUAGGAUAUGAAUUCUGAGCGCUCUACUUCCUCUUGGGUCUUUUGCCAAUCUCCGUGGUCUCACAGGUGCACUUUCUUCUUUGAAGACUUCAUUUUCCCACAGCACGCCAGCCGAGAAACUAUGACGCAGCAAAAAGGAUUGUGUGUAAUAUUAAAAUACAUUGGAAAAAAUAUUAGUGCCAUGUGUAGCAUCUAGAAGUGACUUGACCUUCUCCUCUGAAACAGACUUGAUCUCAAGUGAGUGGUGCCCGUCCAUAGGGCCAUCCAGUUGAACUAGCCGGGAUUUAACUCCAACAAGGGGCAGAAUAACUUUGCAGAAAAACCUGAUUAAUCUCUCUUUCCUGGAGUCCAACAGGCAGCUCCUGCAAUCUCAUACCCACCUCAAAUUAUUCCUCCUUCUCCCCACAUCCUUCAGACUUAAUUGAUCACUUUUAUUUAAUGACCAAGCCUAAUUCUAUUUCAUUCGGUCUUUUAAGAUCUGACUCAGGUGGGGGCUUACCCCAGGGAUUUCCUAGUAGAAUAGACAGUGUCUUCUAUUCAUCAGCCCUUCUGCUCAUGGCUAGAUCAUUUUUUGCUGUCGUGACAGAUAAAUCACAAGGGAAUUGAAGCACCUUUUAUUUAUAUUGGUUGGUUUUGGGUUUCUUUCCUUCUUUUUGUUGGUUCUGCUCCAAUGUCCCCUGGAGGAAAUCUGUUCUUUACCUGCUGUGACCAUUUGCGGUGGUACGGUAUCUGCCUUCCUUGAAGUUUGCUUAUCUGUUAUAGGAUAUUGUCAAGUUAGUCUUGUGACCUCUCUCCCUCCAGUCUUUCUGAUAUACUGCUGAUUUUAACAUGCAGUAGAUGAUUCCCCUUCUGGUAUCUGGUGAGCAGGUGUAAUUGUUUCCUGAUGAGAUCUGUGCAUGUCUUAACCCCAAGUGCAAACACCUGUAGGUAACUUCAUAAGCAUUUAGGCCUGAGAGGAUGGCACACUUCUGAUCUUGCUGUUUUUGAAAAUAUGGGGGUGCCAUCUGAACCGUCUCAUACCUAAAUACUGGUGCAUAAGAUGAAAUCUGGGAAAUGGGUCUUAGCAACACUUCCAUUGUUUCAAAAUAAUUGCGAUGCUGGAAUCAAGGGUCUCCAUGAGAUGGCUUUUUGGAAUGGGGUGUGGGGAGUGGAAAAGGUCUGUAAGCUAUGUCUCAACUAGCCUGCCUGCGUCCACCGCAGUGGGAGUACAGAACAAUAUGACUUGGUGCCUGCUCUGCAAUUCGAUACUGAGUGAAUGUAUUGUGUAUAUUAAACAGGUUUCACUGUUUGCACUGUAACAAGUCUUGGAAGUCUAAUUAAAGUUUUUAUUAUUUAUUUCACCCUCUC